AUGGAGUGGGGUCCGCUGCAGGCGAUUCGACGGCACUUGGCGCCUCGACCGGGCGCCAGCGACGGCGGUGUGGAUCCCAAGUACCAAGACGAUCGACUGGCGCAUGCGCUGGGUGGAGAAGAGCUCACAGCGGCCAUUCGUGUGGCUUCUGUUGCCCAACUAGACGCAGUCCUGAGCCACGACACGUUUACGGUCGAGCACCUGCCGCUGAGCUUCUUGUUGCUGCUGUCGGCUCAGGCUACGAAGGUGGAACAAGCGAGACGUGUGGACGAGCUCGCAGCCGGUGGACAAAAAGUGUUGCUGCAAGUCUCGCAGCUGCUACACGACAUUCCGCUGGGAGUGGCUGUGAAGGAGAUGAAGCGAGUGAGCGUGCUCUGUGAUCAGUACGCGAGACUGGCGGUCGACAUGCAGCAGAGCAUCUCGACCCUUUUCCCGCUCAAGAGCUUCUUGCGCCGCUUCCACCAGCAAGGCUACAUGGCGGUCACGCCGUUGCACGCUCCCUUUUUCUAUUUAUGUCUGCAUGCAAAGUGCUACUUUGCAGCAACGGAGGUACUGGAUGAGACUUUGGUCGAAAUCCACGCUCAGUCGCAUCUUGUAAAUGCUGUCGACUUCUUGGGCUAUGCUUACUACGGAGGACUGCUGUAUAUUGGGAAGAAGCGGUACCAGGAUGCUCUUGACUUUCUCCAGCUCGCCGUUACAGCUCCUGCGGUGUCGCUCAGUGCGUUCGUGAUCGAAGCGUACAAGAAGAUGGCACUCGUGACGCUCAUUCUACGCGGCGAGGCAGUAGUGCUGCCAAAGUACACGCCGUUCGUGGUCACGCGUCACGUUGAAAGUCACUGCGCGGCGUAUGCCAGUUUGGUCAAUGCCUUUGUGAUCGAAAAGGACUUGGAUGCCGUACAGGCGGUUGUUGCCAAGAACGAGCAACUAUUUGUUCGAGAGGGCAAUUUCGGUCUCGUGAAGCAGGUCGUACAGGCGUUCAAGCAGCGAAAGCUCCUUCAACUUACGCGCACAUACGCGACCAUUGAGCUCACAAAGAUUGCAGCAGCCGCAGGAAUCAAUAGUGGCGAUGCGGUUGGCACCGAGAAGAUGCUGCUGACGCUUGUAUCGAACGGCCAGAUGGACGCUGUGAUUGACAAGCAGAAGGCUAUGGUUCGUUUUGUACACGAGAGUGAAGAUGGUAGCGCGUACCAAGACGAAGUGCAGGGCGAAGCAACCAUGAGAUUACAGGAUGAAAUGGCAAAACUCGUGACGGUGGCGAAGCAACUACGCUGCAUCGAUGCCGAACUUGUCACGAGCGCCAAGUUCCAGUCUCGUCUACAAAAGGACAAGGAUCGACGCUCGAGAAUCGGUGUGCACAACCAGCAAGGUGGCGAGCGCAUGGUCGUCGACAGUGCAAAUGGCAUGGACACUAUGGAGUGA